GACAAAGGGUAGUAAGUUAAUAUCGCUGCCUUGUGGUGGUGCAGUGCAAAGCCAGCCUUAGCUGGGCUGUGCACGAGGGGCCGAAUCCUCCAACAUCCAACUUUCAACAUCACUCGCUACCUGCUUGACGAUCGAACAAUUUGGCCCCGAAGAGGCAGUAAGAAGUCAACAACCUCAUGACCACGUAAAUCAAAACGCCGCGAGUAAUAACAAGAGAAUUCAUCGAACUUCGGUCCUCUCGUCCAAAUAAUAACCGUCGUCCCUUCCCAAGUUCCCAUCUGUCCACAGCACGACUUCAUCACAUCUCCUCAUCACCACUGAUACAACUCACGCAACUAUCCGUAAAAGUCUCCUCCAAUGGCGACCACGUCCGAUACAACUCCUCUUCUCGCUGAUUCGGAGCCACUCGAGGCCGGCGAGUACCAACUCCCCCAAGAUGGAACUAUCACCACCCCUGUCCAACAGAAACCAACAGACUACCGAAAAACAGUCUUGCUCACCCACCUAGCCGCAGCCCUCUCCAUAGUCGCCUUUAUUUUCGACCUAACAGUUAUCUGCAUCGAUUUUGCCAGUCCGGGUGGCUUCUAUUUGUUCUGGAACCUCCGUGAACGACUCCAGAUACUGUUUGCCAUUAGCGUCGUAACUGGCGUAACCGCAUUUCUCAACCUAUCUCGCCUCAGAUACGCCCGCCGACCUCUUUGGCUCUGGCUAAAUCUGAUCAUCGAUGCCGUGAUUGGGGUUUACACCAUCUGCACAGCGCCAGAUGCUCUGGUUCUGAACUUCGACCAAACGCCCGACUCGUGGCUUCCUGACUCCAAGGCUGCGCAGACUGCACAAGCUGUUAUUGUGCUCCUGGCCAUUGGACUGAUUGCCGGGCUUGCUGCUGGGUAUGUUUCCCCCCAUCCCUCCUCUUAUACAAUCAGCGAGGAACGUUAAAUAAUGGGCUGCAUAUUAUAGAUUGGCACAUUUGGUUCUUUUCCCCGUGCGCUGCUAUGCGUACUUUGCGAGCCAGUCCUGGCAGACUCCCCAGAACUGGAGAAUUCCCGGUGGUGAGCUUAAGUUCGAAUUUAGCAUCAAAUUUUUGAGGCAGGAUGAGGGGAGGGAUCCUUCUCGUGACGCUACAGUGUAAGAUAG